AUGACACGCACCGAGGCCAAGCCCCCCGUGGAGCCACGGGCGGGCCAUGCACGCCGCGGUCUGCUGUACGUCGAUCCACGGAUCGUGGAGGAGAAUACGGCACCGCGUCCCCGCCGCACGACGCCGCGCGCAAGCGUGGCUCCGCCGCGUGCGCAGCAAAAGCGCACGAGCGGCGAAGUGCAUCGCCUCAAUGCGGAGCUGCAGACGAUCGAGCACCGCCUGCGCUCGAUCGAGUGCACAGACGACCUGUGCGCGCUCGACCUGUACCACGACCAGAAACUUUUUAUGAAUGGCUCCUUGUCGCUCCUCGAGCUGUUGCAGCAGGAAAACAGGACCAAGCAUGCGCGGCAGCUGCCGGAGCUGCACACCGUGCUCACGCGCACCUGGAAAGUGGGCAUUGAGCUCGCGCUCGACCAGCUGUACGAUAUGCUGGCCCACACCGAUACCGUUGCCACUCCGCGGCCUCUCUCGCACCACGACCUGGGCGAGGACGUAAUGUCGCCGCACUGCAUCCUCGUCGAGGUCGUCGAGUGCACGCUGUGCAAUGCGUAUGCGCUCUGCGCGUGUCUGUACGAAAUGUCGACCGAGCUGCGCGUGCGCCGCGCGUGCGUCGAGUGGCUCGGCGACCUCGCGUGCCGCCAGCUGGCUUUUCUCCAGUUUCUGCACGCCUCGCAGGGCGUGCGGCGGGGGCGCUCACACCGGCGCCACGCGAGCGUGCCGGACGAGCCAGAACUCGCCGUGGGACGCUACCGCGUGCCGGACGAGGCGCAGCUCGCCAUCCAGGGCUUCGACCUGUCCCGCACGCACGGCUCGCGCUCGGCCCUGCGAGAAGAGUACGACGCGUGGCAAACCACAGCCUACCUCUGGUACGGCAUGGCGACGCGCGACACGCCCAACGAAGGUCACCUCUAUACCUCGCUCGCGCAGCUGUCGAGCAGCGACGAGCUCAUGGCCUUGUACUACUUCUGCAAGAGCCUCCAAGUGGUGCACCCCAGCACGGACGCCCGCGAGCUCAUGCAGGAGUACUUUUCGCAGGCCGCCCAGAAGCACCGCACGCGCUCGGACGCGUCGGUGGCCGAGCUGGUGGUGUACUUGCACGGGGUGCUCGCCACGCGCACGGACAUGGACGACGCCUCGCACGCGCUGGCACGCCUCGCGUCUCACUUUCAUGUACAGAACGCAAGUGAGGCCGCGAUGGCGUACUCUGGCACGCGCUAUCCCCAUAUCCUGCUCGAGACGCAGUGGAUGAUGAUCGGCCUCUGCACCGUCGCUGCGCUGUUUGAGUUUGGGCGCGCAGACGCAUUUGUCGACAUCCGCCUCCUCGCCGCGUACCGCACGCCGUCCGACGCUCGCCUCUUUUCCGAGAAAAGCCUCGCGAGCGUCACGGCGCUGCUCGAGCGUGACACGGUGCCGAUCCACGAGGAACGCCCCGAGGCGAGCGCGUGCGAUGCGGCGCUCGCGGCGGGCGUGCCGCCGCCCACGGCGCACGCCCUCGGCCUGCUCGUGGAGCUGGUGCAGAUUGCGGCAGCGCUGCAGCACGAGGCCUUGCACAACACCGUCGCACAUAUCAACGCCCCGACCGCGUUUUUGGUGCUGGUCUUUGCCGCACUGCAUGCGCUUGCGCUGCACGUCCACGAAAGCGACGCGGCGGCGACGCUGUGCGCCAUCCUGCGCACGCAUCUCCCUUGGAAGCUCCUGCUCGAGUUUGGCUGGACAGACGUCUUUCCGUCCGACAACGGCGCGGACGUCGCAGAGAUUGCGCGCCACGUCCUGCCUGAAGACUGGUGCUUCAAAGGCAUCGCGUGGAACACCUUCCAUGCCACCUUUCCCGACAGUAUACCACGCCGAGGCGGCGCCAGUGCCCAGGCCGCCACACCCCCGACCGAGGUGCCGAGCGGCAAGUCGGCGUUUACGUUUUCCUCCGAGACGAAUAUGUUCGGCGACCUGGGCGCCAUGGCACGGCACUUUGCCUCGCUCAAGACACACUCCUACCUCUCCGCUUAUGCCCAGGACCCCGAUCUGCAGCAGCUGCUGCGUGUCCGCCACGCACGCUACCUGUUGCUCCUUGCAGGUCUGUACACGGAACUAGGACAAAAAGGCUACACCUAA